AUGACGAGUUUCUGUGCAUGCCAGUCGCCGUCGCGUCGAAGAAAAAUCACUGCCGAUGCAGCAUCCAUCGAAAAUGAAAAGGUCCUGGAAGAAUUGCAGCCGCUGCCCAACGGAUUCUCUCACCAGCAUGGUGACAGCCUAGAGCAUGAGAGUACUCCCUGUUUAGCCGUAGAUGAAUCUACUGAAAUUAAUACAAAGACUGUGCGUUGGCAAAGACUACAUAGAGUUUGGGAAUACUACCUGAGGCACAACACUCUUCACGGCCUCCAUUAUGUGUUCGACACGAAGUCAAUUUGGCGCAAAAUGAUGUGGGUAGGUAUACUCUUAAUCUGUGGUGGAGUGUUUUUGAACGAGGUCAGGCAAAGCAUAACUCAGUAUCUUCAGUAUCCGUUUAGCACUCUGUCAACUGUGGACUAUCCAAAUAAAUUAGAGAUUCCAGCUAUUUCGAUAUGCGAUUUGCGAGAUAUCAGAAAAACUAUACUAAACAGCUCGAAGGUCAACUGGACCAGCAGAUCGGAGGCGAACUCUACGACACCGAAUUCCACUGCUACCAUGACUGAUGUACUUGAAGAUUCUUUGUCAGUCUUAGACGAGAUUCUUAUUUCUUGUUCUUUGAAGCGGGGAGUGACCAAUAAAAAGGCUUUGCCUUGCGACAAAAGAAACUUUUCUCUGUUCAUAUCGUCGGAUGGGCAUUCUUGUUAUACGCUAAAUUCCGGAAGAAAUGGUGGCAGACUUAUGGAGACAGAUAAUGUUGGCCCUCUAUACGGCGUGCAUAUGGUAGUGAAUACAGAGCCUCUUGAAAAAGGCAAGACAUACGGUAGCAGUGGACUUAAAGUUAUUCUCCACCAACAUGAGGAGUUGCCUCUGAAGCGAGUAGGUUUCCAUGUACCUCCAGGUUAUGUGACUUAUGUGGACAUGAAAAAGCAAAAGGUAUUUUUUUUCUUUUAUUUCCCAGUUAUUUAUCACUCUAGUUACUGUUGGUUUGUACUUGAACCAACCAUUAUUUGUACGACUGCAAACUCGAUUAUAAUGCAUGUCAUGAAAGAAGUAACGGGAGAAUUUAGUUCGUAAUUACACACUGCGAGUGGACGUCUAUUGUUAGGGAAAGCUGACUGCAAAUCUGACAUCUUAAGUUUUAAAACUUCAGAUAGAUCUUUCGAUGUGUAGAAAAUUUCCUCGUUGUCGUUGGUAUUUUUUUUUUAUUUGGUGUAAAAGACGUGAACAUGUUUGUUGUUAAUCGAGCCUGUUUUAAACGCGGGUCUAGCUUAAACUUGCUUGCUUCGCGAUUAAAAUCAGGUCCUCCUGUUUUGAAAAAUGUUUUCUCACAAUUGAAUAAUAAGACCCGGCUGCAUUCUGAUAUAAUUCAACAUGAAUAUCCUUCAAAGGAGUUCACGUGUUAGAGUAAAACAAGUGAGCCAUUAUUUUGUGCGUCAUAAGAGAAAUACAUGUAAAGAAGAUUCUGGAUUGAAGAAAGAAAUUGCUAGCACUUGUUACCUCGGUUGCAAUAGAUCUCGCGCAAGAACGAACUUUUAUUACGACCUUAUUUUAGGUUAUCAUGUUUUAUUUUCAUUACCCAGUUUAAGUUAGUCCUCGAUUGAUAAUAGCGUCCUUCUUUGAUAAUGGCAUACUUUUGUGUGGUUCACGAAUAAUGACGCACAAAAACGAAGACAAGUUUUGUUAUCAGCAAAAGCGAAGAAUUACUUGUAAAGGUUUUAAAAGCCCGCUGAGAAUUUUGAAGUUCAGGGCAAGGACAAUUUGCGCUCGCUGUGAAUCGGUCGGUCCACAUGAAAACAAAUUAAAUCAUCGAAUUCGAAAGAAUGACAAAUCUCUCUUCGAAAGAACGCUUCAGGGACUUUUCAAUAUUCCUUGGUCAUUCAUUUAAAACAACCGUUGGGCACGAUUUCAGUUCCAGGAUUUUGAAUGUGAAUUCCCUUUCCACAUCAUCGCCUCCUCGCAUCAUUUUGGUGACUGAGCAUUCAUUUUCAAAUUAUGUAUCAAGCACGCUAGUUCUGUGACGCAUUCGAAUGGCAUGGCCUGACCACGAACAUUAAAAUUUUACGACCAAGAUGCCUGUGGUAAUUUUUUGGCAUGUAAUUUUUUCAGCUACAAAAUAUUGGUGUGAGGAAUUUUUUGUGUACAGUCCCGCGCUCCUUGCGUUCACUUUGAAUGUCUAGAGGAGAUUUCUGUUAUGUUUAUUUUGUGUUUUGCUGAUCUACAUACUGAAAUCUCCAAAUGGAUUUUUAUUAGAAAUGUCUUUUUUUUCGUGUUUCAUAAUAUUCUCAGUGCCUUUUGAACGUAUUUUACGUUUGCGAAAGAAAGAGCUUCUUAAUGGUUUUUAAACGACUUUUGCGUCGAAAUAUGCAUCCAUUUCCCCUUUCUUUGUGAAUCUGACAAAACGCGUUAAUUGAAACACAGUACUUGUAAUCAGUUUCUGUUGAUGUUAGAACACACAACUUUUAAAUCAGAAAUUACUUCUCAGAUGAAAUGUUCUCUAGAACUCUUCUAAAAAUUAUGUAUUGUUUGGGUUUUAAUAUGCAGAAGAUUGAAAAUAUUGUUUCAAUGAUAACGUACCUGAAAGUAGAUAAAUGAAUAUACGUUUUUCGCACCUUUCAACAAAAUGCUUAUCGAACCAAACUGUGAUUUCUUUUUAGCCUAUCAACUUUCGAACUCUUAUUUUUUCUUUUUUGUGUAUAAUGUUACACCGUAGUUAGCCUCGGUUUAUAAUGCGUUCUCUCGUUUCAUAAAAAGUUUCCCUGCUGAUGGCGUCGACGUUGCCAUGCCAAAUGUCAUGUUUAGAGCUAACGACCACCACAUUAAUUUGGAGACUUUACUCUAGACGUUUCCCAGUGUUGAAUAGCUAUUUUAUCUCAUAGGGUGUUAUGCUUAUAAGCUAUCAUUCAUCUUAGCUUUUAUCUGUAACGUCAUACUCGUCAACUAUUAUCCUAGAAAACAAAAUACCCUCCGUAGCAUAAAUACCAAUUUCUGUACGAGUAUCCAUCACGUCGAAGAACUAUUUAUUAUUAUUAUUAUUAUUAUUAUUAUUAACAUUAUUAUUAUCAUCAUCGUUAUCAAUAUUUUUGUUGUUGUUGUUGUUCAAAAGCAAAACGAAAAUUUUAGAGUGAAAUGUAGCAGUACCUAGCGUUAUUGAAACCAGCAUUGCUUUGACAGUCAGUCUGAUGUAAAACAAACCCAUGCUUUCUUUUGAAAAAAAGGUUUCUAUCAUUUUGGGUAUAGUAAGUUGCGAUGAUAUUACCGACAAUACCUCCACAUUUAUCCUCCUGCUGCAAACUGCAUUAACGUUUAAUCAUGACUGAAAAAGCCCGGCCCCAAAUUUCGUUCGAAAAGUUGAAACAACCUCAGUAUACUUAAGUCUAUUCCUAUAAUUUGAAUGAUCGUGUUCCGAAAUUUGGUUAUCGGACGAAAGAGACUUGCAUCGUUAACGAGAUCAAAGACAAAGAUGACAACUGUUUUUCUAAUAAUGACACCUAUGCUCAAAGGUCUGCUUAUGUGUAACUUGCCUUUAAAUGUCUUUAACGGUCUUGGUGUUGACAGCUUAUUCGAUGAAUGAUGACCGUGAAGUACGAUUGAAAAACACUUUGCUUGUGAGCAGACUUUUGGGCUGAGAUUUGUUUUAUAAAGAAUUUCCCUAGUCUAAAUACAAUACUGUUUGUGCAAAACUGCGUUUCUUCUUUCCGGUUUCUUUCUCUUUUUUAGCUAACCGUUUUCAACAACAGUUUGGCAAGAUUUUCAUGUAAACUUAAUCUGUUAAAAACAUAGCAAAAUAUAUUAUAAGAAUCUAUUUAGAGAUACAUUUAUUUUAAAACAAAAAUCAACGAUAUAAAAGUAACUUCGAUAAGAAAUUAAAAUGAUUCGUUGAAAUAUAUAUAAAAAAAGGGAAUGUGAAACUCUUUAAUUGCCUUUUGUCCAUUUUCACGCAUGCUAUUUUCAAAUUUUGCAUAAACCAUUGUUUUUAAAUGCUCCUGGGAGUAUUGCAUUUUCCCAAGAGCAUUUUAAGACAAUAAGUUAUGCAAAAUUUGGGGGGCAGACAGAGUGUAUUAUGGGGAAUUGGAAAAUAGUCAAUAUGUAUUUCCACGCGUCAUGUUAAUUUUGUGUUUUUUUGAUAACGAUAACAUGAAGCCAACGAAACGUCAAGUUUCUGUAACGUGUCCGUCUUAAAGAAAGUUGACUAUAUGAAAAGCUGUCAUAGUAGCCAUACUGCAACAUUAACAGCGGCAUGUUGUUUCCUUAUAGCUUAUAAAUCUUCGCAAACCUUUUAGAACCAAUUGUGGUGGGAAAAAUUUGGAUUAUUUUCCCGAGUAUUCAAAAAACAAGUGUCUUUUAGAAGAAAUAACAAAGAACGUUACCAGAAAGUGUGGCUGCCGUGGAUGGUUUAUGCCAGGUGAGACUUUCUAUUUCAUUUGUUCUUUAUGGGUGAAAGAAAGAAAAUCAAGAAAAAAAAAUAUGAUCUAUAAUAUAUAGAUAAUUUUUUUCCCACCUCACCCUGCAUUUUUAAGUGUGCGUAAAAUUUGUUACGAGGCUCUUAAAUAUUGUCGAUGGUUCUGUACAGUUGAUGGUAUCGCUCUUUUGUUUACUACUUCACGGUUUCAUUAUUAGAUGUCCUAACUUUUGCAUUUUUUUUCGUUUGUUAACUUAUUCUAAAUGACUCUAAACCGAAAACUGGUUUUAGAAUAAUCAUGUAAAGUUUAGUAACGCCCGCGCUGCGAUUGUGUAGCGGAUACACACCUCCUUGCAGCCGCGUUUCUUUGGAAGUAUUUAGUGAACUUACGCAACAGGACGGGAGAUGAGAGAAGACGGCAAACCUUGUUUGACAAGUGUGACAAUAAUUUUGUUUGAAAUAACUUUUCGCCAAAUUUCACUUUCCUUGAAACAGAUCUUUUUUGUAAAAGACCAGAAAACAUAAAUAUUAAGUGAAGAUCACGGCAAACACGUAAGUAAUGGCCCUGUCACUUUUGUAACACAGGAGCAUUUUGCCGUCCUCUUCUUCCUGCCGUCCUGUUGAGUAAACUCACUAUUAUCGGCUAAAAGGUUUCCAGUUCUCUUCAUUGUCGGUGAGGGUAGUGUGUGACCGUUAAUCUUCUAUCAAUCCCCCUUCGACUGCAUGACCUCCAACUUCAUGUACUUGUACUUUUUCACUUUACGUUUUAGUUUUUUAUGGAGAAAUGAUACCAUUGUCUUCGUUAAAUUAACAAGGACCUUAAGAUCCGAGGACGGCGACGGCAGAGAAAACAUCGCUGAAAAAGUGAAUUCGCGUCCUUUCAAUCUUCAUCGCGAUUACUCCAAGUCACUAACUUUGUCAAAUGUAGGCGAACCCUCCUAAAGUUGAACUCCUAAGAAUCAUGUCCAAGGUGAAAAAGAGAGAGGAAAUUUCGUCGUCGCUUGUGUACUUCCUCCGUACAUCGUUAAAUUAGGCAUUUUCACGUCGUAGUCGCGUAGUGACGGCAAAGAAAUUUACAAAAAAGCGUGAUUGCUUUGUGGCGUUCCCGUUGCUGUCGUGGUCGUCGGAUCUUAAGUUCCCUAAUUAAUCCCCCGUUGGGGGUGGGGGGGCGCUUAACAGAGGAUUUACGAUACCUCAAUUGAUCGCGGUCAGGUCAAUAUCACUAAAAACCCUUAUCAUUGCAGCAAAUGCAUCCUUUUAACCGUUUUAGCUCUAACAUAGACAUGCCGUUUAUCUUUCGGUCAUUUGCUUGCCUCUUAACACUUGCUUUUUAGCGCAGAAGUAUAAUUACAAGGAGAAAUGGCCUCUUUGCGGCUGAUCCAACACGUGAUACAAAAACAUGCCCAAAUUUUAUUCUUUCAUUAGCGUGGCCUCUUUGUAUAACAUGAGUCAUCAGCUUCAAAUGGCUUAUUUCUCCUUGUAAUUGUACUCGAUUUAGCCGAAAGAAGGUUAGAGGGCCUUAUUGAAUAACCAUUUUCAGCAAUAACCCACACUUUUCCUUUUUUUCGGUGUAGAAACAGCGGAUAAUUAUACACUGUGUUCAUUAAACAAGACUCUUGAUUGCAUGUGGCCAGCAUGGGGUGAGUGUAAUGCUAAUUUUAAAGAACAAAAACAGAAAAUACAUAAACAUGAAUGAACAUGGUUUAUUCGUUUUCUUUGUUUGUGUCCUCUAAGAAUCGCUAUCAAUGCUUAAUUUUAACAUAUCGAAAGUGGCCUAUUGGUGUGGACUGUCAGGCCACACGCCCACUUGAAUUAGAGGAAGUGUACCAUGGUUUUUACAGUGUUCCGUCACCCGCCAAUGUACAUUGGCAAGAGCCAUUAUGGCUCUUAACAUUGGCUUCGGUUGGCGGUGGUGUAAACAUGUUGAUGUCUUUUUUACAUUGUUCUUUUUGCUCCGAAAGGUUUUUCUUCGACUGCUAUUCAAAAGCAAAGGCUGAAGAACCCAAACUUUCAAAUUCUCCCUCGAUCGGACGCCAAACAACUGUUAAACGAACUUUUUUCCACGUGUUUGGGUGGAUAAACGCAUUACCCUGACAUUUUAGUUCACCUACAGUGUAUGUAGAUGUUUGCAGUGCAAGACUUGUUCCAUUGAACCUGACAUCGCUGAAGCCCUUUUAAAUAAUAUUAACUCAAAACUUUCGUCUUUCCUUAUUUUUUUUAGAGGAAACUGAACAGCGGAACGGAAAUAGCUGCCCGGUUGAUUGUGAGAAGGUGUCAUAUAAAUCAUCCUUAUCCGCGGCUUUAUACUUACCACAGAAGAUGCUGCCUGUGUUAAAGUAUUCCAAUCUCAGGGAAGCCAAAAAUAUGCCUAAUGAUACUGAUGGCAUGGUGAAUUUUAUGUUGUAAGUAUUUGUGCCUCACUCAAUCAGUCCACCCAAAAUAUGUCUUGACUCUAGCUCUUUGUUUGGAAGUCGGGCAAGAAAAACAAACGUUUUCUACAGUUAGUUAAAACAGAACAGUACAUUACAUUCCCCUAAGACGCUGUCUACUGUGCUAUUGAAGAGUCUUAAAUUUUAUCUAGGAAUGAAACCCAGAUAAAGCAACCGAGCAAAGAGAGUUGGUGAAAUCCCUAAGUGUGACCAGUCAAAUUAAAGUAGAUUCUUUUUUAUGAGAACGUUCAGCCUGAAAUUUUCCAAAAUGUUAAGAACAUGCCAGGAAAAUACCCGAGGCUCAGAGAAGAACAAUUUAUUUUUCACUACUUUUACUUUCCUAAAUCUAGAAAAUCUGAAUUCCAUGUCCUACUAUGGAAUCAGAGAGCAUGUAAAUUUUGUUCUUUCAACACAUUCCUAUUGUGUAUGAUCAAUAAUACAUUUACUUUGUACUUGUACAAUUCAUUAAUAUGAAAAAUAUAAUCAUUAUCUUAUCUUCUCUAUAUAUGUAGCUUAAACGUUAUCAGAUUUUCGUUAUUGAUACUUAGGAAAUUCCUGGAGAACCUUUCCAGUCUGAAACUGCCCAGAAAAUAAGAACGGUCCAGGGUCAACUCGAAACGUGGACGUUCUUAUCAAAAAUUAAAAAAGAAAAGAAUUGGCUGCGGAGUAGUACGUUUCGAUGGUCUUUUUUAUGUUUGCUGUGCAAGUUGGUUAUAACUUGGGCGAAAUCCUAGCCUGCGUAGCGGGCGCUUGGAAGUAGUGGGCACAAGAAAAAACGGGCGCGCGAGAAGGAGACACGCGAGGGGAGAGGAAGCGCCUGCACGGAAGGCCCCCGAAAAUCGUUUCCCGCCCCCUCUCUAAUUACUUGGCAGCCGUUGCGUGAAAUGUCAAAAGUUUUGACAGAAAACGACUGACCUCGCACAAACAAAGCAAGCCGCCAAAAAGCGUUGUACAUUUUAUCUUCGGUCUAAAUAUAUCUGUUAUAAAGAUCAGCUGGGUUAUCUGAUUAUAGAGCGAUGGAGCAAUAAACUGAUGGUUAACACACAGCUUUAAAUCGUUUUUAACCAUGGGCACAAUAAAUAGGAAAUAACAAAGUCAAAGCUGGGUAUCUUUUAAAGAAUGCAUGCUGUGUAUUAUAAAAACUAAAAAUAUUGUUCUGGUCAGACACCAACGAUCACAGCGUACGAGGAAAAUGACCAUAUUGCUUUUACUGCGCUAACUGGCAGCCGUUUUUGGAGCAGACAUGUCUUACUAAGCGGACCUAAACCUCAGAACACAAACUGGUACCGACAUGUUUUCUACUGCAGUAAUGAGACAUAAACAACAGACCUCAGGUCGCCUCCGAACGGCGAAUAAUACUAACAAUAGUGAAAUGUUUUUUUCAAAUUCAUGUCCCUGGUAAGUGUUUCGUUUCAUCAAUCACGUCCAAGUUUUGAUGGUAUACGUUCCAUCGACAGUACCAGCCGCCAAGUUCUCCUGAGCAAAGAAUAUUUCCUCUGAUCUUCAUUGCAACGAUUCGACAAAUCUUUUGUCUCUCGCCACUUCUGCUGAUGCGUAUCCGAUGUCAAUUCUUUCCAUCGUGAAUACCGUUUGAACACUCCAACUUUUCUUUGAGAUUACAGCCACAUAGUACCAUUAAACCAGAUUGAAGUGACCUCCGAGACCUGAACUUCGAUUGUAUACAAUUUAGUGGUUUCAGGACCCAGUGGUGUAAUGCAAGAUCUUCACUACGUUGUCCAUGUACUAUUGAUUGACAGUUUUCUCGCCCCGCGCGGUUAAUUUUUCCUUCGGGAGCCUCUCGACCAACUGGAAAUAUCCGCACUCACAGAGUGCGAGUUGAAACGAUUUUUGGGGGCCUUCCGUGCAGGCGCUCCCUCACCCCUUGCGUGUCUCCCUCGCGCGCGCCCGUUCUCUCUUUCGUCCGCUACUUCCAAGCGCCUGCUACGCAGGCUAGCGAAAUCCUAAAGAGUGACCAUUCAAAUACUGAAAGCUAUUGAGCAGUGCGCCCCUACGAAACUCUUUAUUAUGCUCUACAAGGUGGUUUUAACAUUUGAGAUUGAGGAUGACACGCUAAAGCUGCUUCAAUUUUUUACACUGCGUAUCAAACAGAUCAUAACCUCCAAGGCUAGGCGCUUGCAAGGGACCAGCUGUACAGAAGCGCAAUUCUUUUUGGACACAAUAUUUUUCAUGAUCAGAACUCCUUAUAGUUUGUAUUUUUCAUUGCAGAGACUACUAUGUGGUGUUAUCAUUCUUCUAUAGCGAACUUAGGGUUGACAUUUUUGAACAGACUCCAGUUUACGGAUUUUUCAGGCUGCUGGGUAAGUAAAAUUGUUUCGGUUUUAGGAUUUCUUAGUGUGUAUACAAAAUGCACAUUAUUUGUUUCCUAUGUGGUUUAUUUUGAGAAUUCCCCUACUAUUACUUUAAAGUUGAAGUUUGUUUAAUCUGUAAGUAGGUGGGUCUUGGUGUGUUACGAAAAAUAUUUGAUGUUAUGAUGAAGGUCUCCUCGCCAGCAUUUGGGCCUGCCGAGACCCUUGACAUGGUGUAAGUGAUUAAUUUGGUCUUUAAAUGGUAAUUGAUCGUCCAUGGAUGCCAUAGGCCGAUUGCAUCAACGCAAACUACCUAAAGAAUACUAGAAAUCCCUCUCCCAUCACCCGCUGACCACUCCAUCAGGAAAUUAUUAUCUUUAACUUUCCUGAAGGUUGUUUAUUAAUAAGUUAAGUAGCGAUUAUACAAUAAAAUGCUUAAAACGUUUUGUAGGACUUAAUUAAGACUUUACCCCUAUUUAAAGUGGUAACUACUCUUAUUUGAAAAACUAGUUUUCAGGUACGCCACUAAUUAAAACUACUGUACAAAUCAAACUUAAAAAGUAAAAAUCUCCCCCCUUUAAAAAUUUGAAAAAUUAAAAACAUAAAAUCCUAAAAAUAUUUACAGUUAAAAACGUAUUUGGACCAUGGUUAAAGGGUACGGGUAUGGUUAAGUUCAUCUUCUGUGUUAAGAUUUACUGAGGUUCAUUGAAAGCUCUCAUUUAAAGUCUUAUUUGUAACAGUCGCGACAGUACAGUUGACUCCCUGUUAACGGACAUCUCUGUAAGACGGAAACCUCUGUAAAACGGACACCUUGAGUUAGUCCCUGCCUUUCUUUACUUCGUUUAUUUGACUCUCUGUAAGACGGACUUCUCUCUAAGACGGUCAGUAGUUCCGGUUCUAAAUGUGUCCGACUUAGAGAGAGAGAUAACUGUAUUCUUAAGUAUCAUGUCGUAUUUGUUUCAGGUGAUGCUGGUGGACAGCUUGGACUUGUGUUAGGCGCCAGUGUCGUUACAAUACUGGAAUUUGUAGACCUACUUAUCUUUCUCGCCAUCAACUGGUUCCGGUCCAAGCCGUAGAGGAACAUCCCAGAUAUUACUUAAGUGAGGUGUCCACAAACUAGUGUAAAUGGGUAGUCGGUCUCUGUGAUUGUUAGGUGUACAAAUAACGGACUGAUUGGUGUAGGACGAAUCUUUCGCAGUUUGCUAAAGGUGUUUAAGACCAAAUCAAAAGUUAUAAGAGGUCGCUUUAAAGGGAGCAGAAAAAAGGGAAACAAUACUUAACUGCGCAAACUGCGUUAAGUAAUAAAGAUACAACCAGGCCCAACAAACGCCCCGGCAGUCGCCAAAAUCAAAAACAAGACCAGUUAAUUGUCUUAAGACCCAACGCAGACGAGAUUGUACAAAGAGUAAAUUUUGAGAUAUGCGGAAUAUGUCGGUGUCAGCUCCUAAAAGGGGGCAGAAAUACUGAUAUAAAUAUCUAUUCCCUUGUUCAUACAAUUCAACAACAGUAAAAGGGUCAGUAUCGUCGCUUCACUCUUGCCUCCCACCUCAGUUACCUGCUACUUUAUGUACAAACAUGUUUACAGAAAAAACAUACUUAAGAGUUCUAUGUUCAUCGCUUUACCUCGCAAACAAACUCGAUGACUACGGAAUCCUUGUGGCUGGCAAGACUUGGGCUCCAUAUUGUGUUGGUAGAUUAUGGAGUAGUACUCCAUUAGUAGUAUUGUGGGCAAAGUUCGUUAAGUGUAGCUCACGGAUUAAGGAGAGAGUGCCAUGCUGUAAAUUAUAACUUCGUCACUGAGUUGAGAAGCUUAAACUCAACGACCACAGACUUCAUCUGAAUUCCGUAUUUACUCGAAUAAGCACCUCAUGUGAUGCGCGCGAAGAUAGUAAACGCCGUGGGUCUUUUUCGAGUAAAUACGGUAGUUCGAACAGACAUGCGGAAACUUUCAAAACUAACAACAUCGCAUACAUCAAUUGUUGAAUGUAAAACGCUAUCAUGUUAACCAUGAAACUCCGCCUCCAUGUUUCUGUAAAUUUUGUGAAUUUUUUUAAAAACAUGUCACUGCUGGAAACCAUUUUACUCAGUUGGUUUCCCUUGAUUAAAUGGGUAAUUAAUUGAUUUUUUAUUGAAAUUAGUCUUUGACGCAGUUUUUAAGGAGCCAUAUAUAUUUUCUCAUACCUAACAUUUUGAGCAGGUUAGGACUAAGUCGAGGUGUUCAAUCUUGUGGGAUAAAUGUUAUGCAUUGGUGGUUGUGUCCUUGGCGUAAUAUCUGCUCGCCAUAAUAGGUAGUUACGUAAUUUGAAUUGAUUUUAGUGCAAAAAUGGACAUCACAAAUAAGCCAUUUCCGAGUUCCACAAACUCUCGCUGUCAAAACUAGGCUAACUGCAAAACCUCUCUUCUGAAAAUGAGCUUUAAUUGCAUGAGAAUAAACAAACUCAUCUUCGCACUUAGCCCCACCUUAAAAAAGAGGCUUGGGGCUACUCGGAAAUGGCCUAUUUAGGACCUAAAAGUUGACUAAAGUGGGAAUAGUGUUGUGACACAAAAGUUUAGACUCGCGACAACAAAUUUUACG